CCAAAUUCUAGCCCAAUUAGAAGAAGGCCCAGCAGCAGCAAGCAACGUUAUACUUCUCAUUGCAAUAAUCUCACCGCCUCUCUCUCUGUUUGUCUCUCUCUCUCUCUCUCUCUCUGGCAGACACCAAAAAGGCUCGCGCUACACUCGUUUUUUAAAUGUUUCUCCGAAACGUUACCUUCAAUCAGUGGCAGUGUGAGGUGUUCAGAGUUUAAUUUUAGGUUAGAAAAUGAAGCGGAAGCGAAAGAACAAGAAGGGAAAGCCUAAAGGGUCUGUGGCUGGUGGAAAUGAGGCACGUUCAAGUGGGGUUAUUGUAAAUUUGGAGGAUGAUGCAAAUUUGGAUGAAGACGGUAAUUACGAGAAUAGAUCCGAGUCUGCAAUGGAGGUUGAUACCCCUUCUUCAACUGGGACUGAUCAACAUUGCAAUCUUGCCAGUAUUAAUCCUGAUGGUUCGAUUGAUAGGGGGGUCGGGAAAUCCAUGGGUAGAGUUAAAGUGAAGCUUAGGACUUCGAGAACAAUGGAAUCUCAGCCUACUUCUUCUGAUGCAUAUACACAAAGUGAUACAGAUAAGAGUAGCCAACAAAUUGGUUUGGAAAAACAAGGUGUGGUUUCUGAGAAAAUGGAGGACAGUGCCAAUUCAUUGGCUGAAGUAAAAAUUGUUGCUUCUGGGAAUGUGUCAAAGAAAGUUGGGAGUAUAAAGAUUAAAUCAUCGAAGGCGUUGGGGUCUAGUGUUAACCAUGGUAUUGAUCCUGUACCUGCACGGAGUGAGAGUCCGUACGAGAGAGAACCAAAGAUGUCUGAUCAAGAUUCUCGAUAUAAUAAGGAAGAAUUAGAUACCGCACUGAUGAUAAUAAAGAAGGUAAUGAAAAUGGAUGCUGCUGAACCCUUCAAUGUCCCUGUAAAUCCUGAAGCUUUGGGAAUACCGGAUUAUUUUGAUGUGAUAGAUACACCAAUGGAUUUUGGAACAAUAUGCAGCAAUCUUGAACAGGGUGUUAAGUAUUUAAGUUCUGAGGAUGUAUUCAAAGAUGUUCAGUACAUUUGGGACAACUGUUAUAAGUACAACAAUAAGGGUGACUACAUCUUGGAUCUUAUGAGGCGUGUGAAGAAAAAUUUUACAAAAUAUUGGACAGCAGCUGGGUUGUAUAGUGGACAACCAAGAGGAACCAGUGGUGUUGAAAGCACUCAAGAUACUGUGGAACCAUCUGAUCAGGGAAAAGUACAUCUUAAAGGUAGCCAAUUAAAGCAGAAAACACGAAAGGGUCAUGGAAGGCGUCAUAAAUCCGAUUGUUUAUGUGCUAUUUGUGUUCUAAAGCGCCGUAGAAGGGAGCGUGAGGAGAAUGCUCGAAUUGCAAAGAGCCAGCACGGAGCUAGUGAUAAUAACCUUACUCAUGAGUUAAAGCAAGAGGAAGCUUCACUUGGGGAAAGCCCAUCUGGUGAGAAUUCCUCUUCCGAUAUGGAUGGAUCAUUGGACCCCAAUCCUGAUGCUGAGGUAGAAGACAAAGGAGAAGAGGUGAAAAUGGGGGUAUCCAAACAGCAGUAUGGCCCUUCAGGGGAGAAGCACGAGGAAGAGGAUGAUGGUGAUGAGGGGGAUGAGGAGGAAGACAGUGACACAGAGAUGAAAGAUGAAGGUAAUAGUGAAGCACUAGAGAAGUUUGACAAAUCAAGAGAGGAGCCUAAUAGACAAUCACAACCAAUAACAGCGGAGAAGGUUGCUGCCGGAGACCAAACUAAUAGAAAUGAAGAGAAUGUGGUGAUCCAGCAUGAGGAAGAAACUGUAGCAGAUAAACCUAAGUCGCAGGAAUCACAAGAGAGGCAUAAGAAAGUUAAAGCUUAUGAACACUUGCAAUUUGAAAAUCCCAUGCUUUUGGAUCUAUGUGGGACUCUCUUCCCUAACAAUAGUAAGUCUAUCUGGAGUGGUCCCCAUUCACUGGUUCAGCAUCGCAGCUCUCAUACCAGUUCCAUUCACGCAGCUAUUAACAUGCUCAUGAAGUAGUUCCCAUCCUAAGUGCCUGCUCAUGAGGUAACUUAAUAUGUCUUUAAUCUUUUUAUUACGCAAGGACCCAUUUGGUGUUUUUAUUUUUGUGUUAGAAAUAAAAGGGAAUUACAUGGGAGAAAUGAGGGAUGAAGAGUAAGUAUGGUUUGAGGGGGAUGUAGAAGAAAUGUAUAUGGUCGUACACAAAGAAAAUUAAAAACCGAAAACUGAACUAUUCAAAGUUUUUUUGUUUCAUACAUCAUUUCUUCCUCCAUCCCUCCUUUUCCCCCAUAUACGUUCAUUGAAUCUCUAGCAUAAAAAAUGAAAAAGGAGUUUGAUUUUUGAUUUUCUUCUGUACCAAAACUACCUCACGAAACACAUAAUAGGUUUUUGCAAAUUCUUAUACACAUGCAUGAUGCAUGCAUGUGCACAAUUGCAGUGUUUAAUCGUUACCUAUGUGUAAUCUCAAUCGAGCAACGGAUGGAACUCAGCUUUAUGGACAAAUUGCCUAUAUUGCAAUCUUCCAUUUCCGGUGAUUCUCUACUUUUGUUCUGGUUGUGUUUGGGGAGUAAAGAGAUUUUACCAUUGUAUAUUUUGGUCAGUUCUUUGUCAACAGAAAGGGAAGGGUUUAUGGUUGUUUCCCAUAAAGGGUGACAAAAAGCAAGCCAUAGAACUUGUACUUUAUUUAGAUAUGUAGUAGCAAGUUACUUCAAGGAGUAUCUGGAAAUCCCUGUUUCCUUUGUAUAUGUAUUUGACAUCGUUUGGCACUCCAUCCAGUGGUUCUAAUAAAGCAAAUUAAGUAGAAUCAGAAUGUA